CUCCCACAAAUACAUUUUUGACCGUUGGGGUUUUUACAGAGAAGAAGAAGACGCUGGAAAAUGGGUGCUCGUGGGAGGAAAAGAGCUGCUCCGGUGAACAUCGACGAUGUCGCCGGCAAUACCCAGGAAAAAUCUGAGUACGAACAGUUGAGGGAAAAAAGAAUCAAGGAAAAUUUUGAGAGGAUGCAAAAGUUGGGGAUUUUUGACAUAUCACUCAAACUCAAGCCUGUUAGGACACCCAUCGUUCGCAAAACCCCUCAGCGUCUCUCUCCUGUGCAGCGUUCUGGACCCACGCGCCGGUCCUCCAGGCUGCAGAGUGCGACACCAAUCAGCUAUUCAGAGGUGCAUCCGUCGAAGAUUGAUAACUCCUUGGAUGGUAAGCAUCAUUUGUUGAGGGAGGAAGGGGCAAAGCCAGAGAUUUACACGGAAGAACAUGAGAAAUUGUUGGGUACCACUGAUUUGAGCUGGACUUUUUUUGUGGAUGGAUAUGGAAAUGAUGGGAAGAGAAUCUAUGAUCCAGUCAAAGGAAAAACUUGUCAUCAGUGCCGACAGAAAACUCUUGGUCAUCGUACUCAUUGUAGCAAUUGCCAAAUUGUUCAAGGACAAUUCUGUGGAGAUUGCUUGUAUAUGAGAUACGGAGAACAUGUACUCGAAGUGAACAAGAAUCCGAACUGGCUUUGCCCUGUUUGUCGAGGAAUAUGCAACUGCAGCUUGUGCCGGCAAGCAAAAGGUUGGGCUCCUACUGGUGCUCUCUAUAGGAAGAUUGCUAAACUGGGUUAUAAGUCAGUUGCACAUUAUCUAAUUCAAACCCAUCGAGCUACUGUCAGUACCGAGAACAACUUGACACCAUUCUCUGCAAAAAGAUCACUACCUUUCUCAGAUAUGGAAGGUACAACGAAAGAUGAGGGACUUUGUGAGGUGAAACCAGUGGCAUAUGAUGCCAAUGAACCCAAUUUAGCUCCAGAAAGUAGUACAGAGCCUUUGCUGAAGUCCAUUGUUGUUGAACCCUUAUUACUACUGAAACAUGACCCUGAAAACAGUGGUACAGAUCUUGUGGUCUUAAGCGAUAAUGUAGGAAACUUCUCAACAGACAACAAAUCAGGAAAUGAAAAUGCUGUGCUGGUAGGCAACUCAUUGACUUCUCAAACAGAGGCGAAACCAGUGGACUAUGAUGGCCACGAGCCCAACUUAUCACCGGAAAGUAGCACAGUGCCCUUGCUGAAGUCCAUUGUUGAACCCUUGUUGCUAAUGAAACAUGGCUCUGAAAACAGUGAUAAAAAUCGUGUGCUCUCAUGCGACAAUGCAGGAAAUAUCUCAGCAGACAACAAAUCAGGAAAUGAAAAUGCCGUGCUGGUAGGCAACUCAUUGACUUCUCAAACAGAGGUGAAACCAACCUUAGCACCAGAAAGUAGCACAGAGCCCUUGCGGAAGUCCAUUGCUGAACCCUUGCUACUACUGAAACAUGACUCUGAAAACAGUGGUAAAAAUCUUGUGCUCUCAUGCGACAAUGCCGGAAACUUCUCAGCAGACAACAAAUCAGGAAAUGAAAAUGCCGUGCUGGUAGGCAGUGCAUUGACUUCAAGUACACCCGUGCUUACUGAAUUGAAUGAUGUCUUCAAAGGCGAGUCACAACUUGGUUAUGAAUUUGACGUUGGAAAAAUGCAAUCAAAAGAAGAAAAAGAGGACAGCACUUGUGUCUUGGAUGACAAAAACUGUCAUGAGGUUACACCAGAAGUAAGUUCAAAGUCGAAAAAGAAGCCUUGUCGAGCUGCUGCGCAAGUCUUUGAUACUAUUGCUGGAAGAUUAAGGCAGAGACGUGGAAGAAGCAAUGUGGAAGCAUAACAACAUCUCGAGUAACAGAUAGUGGGAUGGUCUUUUGCACCUGAAACAGGUUACGACGUUUAAUGGUUAAGCAUAUAAGGUCUAGGUGGCUGGUGGUUUUUGCUAAAUGUUAUAUAUAUAACCUGUAUAAGGGUGUCAUUUUGCAAAACUAUUUAACUAAGUUAACUGAAGUGAUCCAAUAUGAAAUCUGCUUUUGAGGU